AUGCCCAAUCUGCACCAAGCGAUCAGCAAGCUGCGUUCCUGCAAACACCUGCUGGAGUCAGAACUGAAGAGCCUAUACGAGCUGGUCCGGAGCAUCCUAGUCGAAGAGCCCAACAUCCAACCCGUAGUAUCCACCCCUCCGGCCACCCAUCACCCACUCGGUACUUCGAUAAACCAGCGCGAUUUUGCCAAGCUUUUCUCACUCAAUGGACAACCGGGGGGGCAAACAUAA